UAUACUCCUAUCGGUCAUGCAGGUUUCGCGGAAAAGCGAGUGGCUCAAAAGCGCGCUCGCGCACCACUUCAGCCCAGAAUCAGAUCCCUGCGUGGAAAACCAGAUCGUGGUUUUGGCCACCGGUGUGGACCAGUACCUCCAGGAGGUGUUUCAUCACCUCGCCUUUUACAACGGCGAUGACCUCGUUUCGGAUGAGGACUUUAGGAGUCUGUGUUUGGUUUUGGGAUUCCCCGCGAGCGCGGAGACUGAGAACGGCACCUCAGAGCACCGGGACAUUUGCGAUGGACUUCCUCACGUGCUUAACUUUAGAGAAUUCCACGCACGACUAUGUGGCUCUUUCUCUCUAAAGGCGCAGGAAGGGCAGAAGGGAGUUCGACUUCCGGUCAGUGAGGAGACCGAGCACAUCGAGCGCGAGAUCAGACUCCGGCGUCCCCGCGUCCGGAGGAGAAAGUGCGUCAGUUUUGAUCUGUCUGCCGACCACCAGAACCGGAAGAGGGCAGUGAGAAGAUCAGGACCAUCUCAGUAUCCGGAUCAUUUGCAGAGCUCUGCUGUGGAAGCCAAGAGAAACGCAG